AUGUCAAUUGCUCCAAUUACAUGUCACAUACUAGAUACAAGUGUCGGAAAACCCGCAUCUAAUGUUACUUGCUCAAUCUAUUAUAUUUCACCCUUAUCGACUGAUCCUAAUGAUGAAUCAGCUUACGAGGUCGUUAAUUCCAAACCAUUUGCUAUGGCAAGAACAGAUAAUGACGGGAGAAUAAAAAGCUGGAUAUAUGACCCAAAGCUUGAUGCCAAAUAUAAGACAAAUAUUGGCAUAGAUGAUAACAAUUGGUGCAAACUAACACCUGGUAUUUACAAAAUAAAAUUCUUAACAGGAAAGUACUUUCACAAUUUAGAUGAGAAGAACAGAACGUUCUUUCCAUUUGUUGAAGUCACAUUUGAAGUCGGUAAUACUCCGGAUAACCACUACCAUAUUCCAUUAUUAUUAUCCAACCAUAGUUAUACUACAUAUCGAGGUAGCUAA